GAGAGAGAGAGAGAGAGAGAGAGAUAAACCCUCGAUCCCAAAAAGCCGCCGGUUUAUAGAAAUCCCUUUGGUGUCCGAGGGUCGUGGAGCUUCUCGGAGCAGCAGCGAGGCGGCGGCCAUCAAACGAACUCCCAUAUGGCGAUGCGGUGGCUGGCCAGUCGGGCGAUGCACCAGGUGGUGGAGCGGCGGCCGAUGUUCUCCUCCUCCUUUUCCUUUUCCUCUUCGUCGUUGGCGCCCGUUCUGGUCCCGUGCGGCCGCGGCGACAAGAAGACGAAGAGGGGGAAGCGCUUCAAGGGGUCGUACGGCAACGCGCGGCCCAAGCGGGAGAAGAAGAUCGAGCGGAUCAAGGACCGGGUCGAGGUCCCCAGGUCUAUCCCGUGGCCCCUUCCCUUCAAGCUCAUCUGAUCCCAUCUCUAGGGUUAGGGUUUCUGUUUCUCUUUCUUUAAUCUGUCCUUGCUCAUAGUAUAUCUGUUGUUCUACAAGUCGAGUCUUUUGUACUUCUUCUAAUUGACGAACUCGUGCUGUUGAAUUCACCGCGUAAAUGUUACUUUGAUGGUAACAUAUUCAUAUAUGUUGAACUGAGAUCUUUCGGGUGUUGUUUUGGUCGCGAAUUAGGUAAUGCAAUAUCAUUAUUACAGUCUGA